AUGUGGCUCGUUUUGAACACAGGGACGCCGCAAGCUUCCGAGAUCAAGAAGCCCUUCGACUGGCUUUUCGGCAAGUACAAGUCCCGGAGCAAGGCAGUUAGUGCUGCCGAUGCGAGUGUCCUGGCUGGCUCCAAGAUCGAGACAGAGGACGAUGUGCUCUUCCUGGAGCACACGCCCGACUUCAAUGAGACCCUGAAGCCGGCUGACAGUGAGCUGCUGCUAACGUACCUCACCGCACCGUACAUCCGCGUGCCGCUGCUGCUGGGAUUCUUCGCCGACCGUGAGCGAGUGUCACUGCUGCGUGAGCCUCUUUUGCAGGCAGUGCUAGAUGCCGCGCUUUUCGAGCCUGGACAAUGGCAAAGCAAGCAGGCAGCGGUUACGGGACCGCCGAGUGCUGUACCUGCACCGGACCGAAAUCACUUGGCCACACCGGCAGGGCUGCUUUUCAACGAGCUCCUGCGCUCACCGAGAGUGUUGCUGGACACGACCCGCUUGCUGUUGGAUGUCGCUGUCGAAAAAGAUCCUGGCCACCCGGGCAGUGCGAAUGAGGGGCUUAUCCUCUAUUUGGUCCGGCUUGCGACUCGUGUGCAAGCGUAUUUGCUUUUCCUCGUGCAGCACGCCAGGACUGGGGCCUACUUGGAAAGGGCUGGUGCUCGCUGGGAGGCUAAGGUGCGAGGGCUGCCGACGGAAGACAAGGCUGGCCAGGAGGUCCUGUCGAGGCUCCAAGGACUUCAUUCUGAGCUUCGAGACGUGCUGGAGGGUAAGGUUACCGACAUGCUGCUGUACUGGGCCAAGGUGGCAGCAAAGAAGAAGGAGGAUUUGCUGGUCUCCGGCUGCCGGGCCCAUGCCCACCUCGCAUUGAUCUACGGCACGAAUGGGCUGGAGUUCACAAGCCGAAGCGCCGCAAUUUUCCUGUCUGCUCAGGCCUUCCUCAAUGUGAACCACAGGUGGUUUACGAAAAAGGACAGCACGUCAACUCCGAAGCUCGGUAUUUGCGAAUUCGAGCUUUUUGACGUUUUCGAAGGCCGACGCAGUGUCCUAGCGAAGUGGCUGCGUGAACACAAAUCCAAAGGCGACCAUGUUCUGCAAAGAGUUGAAUGGGUGGCAACGUUCAGAGGCACGAUCGAUGGCUUAGACGGUGGUGAAGAUUUCCAGGACAUGGAGUGGGCUGAGCUUCCGGCUGAACCAGGGGACUACGUCCCAAAGGUUGCAGAGCCGAAGCCCGAGUGGCGCCAGCCGCAGUCUGGAGAAGAUUUCCAGGGCUGGCUUACUCGAGUGACGAAUGGGCCGAAGGAGAGCAGUGGGCAGAUUUCUGUCAAUCUGGGACGCUACAAGGUCAAGGGUCAGGGGAUGUCUCUGAUACCCGAGUGGGCCGUUGAGAACAAGGACUUUCAAGAUGCUUUCGGGCGUGCCGAUGUACACUGCUCUGACAUAGAGGUGUCGGCACACCGAACAUGGAAGCGGAUUGUCGGCCACCACCAUGACCUUCAGAGAUGGGAGAUGGAUGCUCGAAGUCUUGAAGACGAUCCACACAGUUCGCAAAGCUCCAAGUUUGAACCGGCCAAGCUUGCGGACAACGAGAAGUGGCUGGCACACAUUCUCUCACCACUGCGGAUCUCUGGACGAUUACAUGUUCAAGAGAUGUCGUCCGAUGAGGCCCGUUUGAUAUUGGUGGUGCAGGUGGAGGCCGCUGUCCUUGCUCAGAACGGCCCCAAGAACAGUGGGAGGGAAUGGCACAUGAUUGAGCUUUGCCGUGGAAGUCAUGUCUUGGCUUCUCGCGAUCCGCCGGUUGCAGAGGUACGGACGUCAAUUUACCCGGUGCUUGGCCUUCUGUUCGGACAGCUCUCAUGUCAUGUCCUUGUAAAGCCCAUGAUACCUGUAGAGAAAGUGGCAGACAAGAGUUUGCGGGCCAUGCAUAUCACGAAAGGAGUUUUGCGAGGACAGCUGAUGGAGCUUCUGCGUGCCACAGGACAUGAGCUUUGUAUGCAAAGGCAGGGUCACCUGUCCACGACACUGCAGCUUGCGGACAGCGAAAGGGUUCUUGUGAACGUUUGUGAGGACCGCAAGCUGGAGCCUAGCGACAGGAAGUUUGGACAAGCUCCACCCGUCCAGCCGGCACCGAGCAUCCUAAUCUAUCGGCAAGUGGUUGCAGACCUCGGUCGGCAAUGUUUUGUGCCAUCUCGCUUCUUGCGUGGAUUGGUGCCCAGCGCUUUGCUGGAGCGCUACAGCUUCUGGCGCUCGGAGGGAGCUCCCGACAGCGCAGGCUGUCUCACAGGUGACGAGCUACGGCCGUGCGAUGGCCCAACACGGCUCCAAGUGACCUUGUGCCGCAGCACGACGGGAGUCAGUGCCACCGUGCGAAGAGUGUGCUUGAAGCCCUCGCCAGGUCCAUACUAUUCAUGGGACACUGAUGACUCCAAAGCUGCCGAGGUUCUGGUGAAUCUUCGCCACAGCUCCUCGUUGAAAUUUGCAUCUCUUUUGGCCCGAAUAGAGGACCUCUCCCACAUUCUCGCCUGGAGUUCUGAGAAAGGCGGUCGCGUGCGUCGGGUCGAGUUUCCAAGGUUGUGGCUUUCGUUUCAGGAGCAUGGCGGCCACCUUCACUGCGAGCAGCACAGUGGCUUCUGGUUGGCGGAGUGCAAAUGGUCGAACAAGGUUUGCAGGCUCCUGCAGCAGUUUGGUGGUGGCACCCUGCUGUUGGAAAACGACUCCGGGGAGUACGCCAUCUUGGUAUCUGCUGCUGCGCAGCCAGUGCGUCCAUCGACAUGGGCUGCGGAUGGAACUCCCGAGAAGCUCCUGCCGGGGCAGCUUGCGUUCCGCCGCGGCCGCGAGGAAUGGCUUCAAAACUUGGAUGGUCCUCGGCAUUACAGGUACGACGUGCAUUUCUCGCAGAUGUUUAUUUUCACGCCAACACUUGCUGCCGGUUUGUACUUCUUGCUCUGCCGCUUUAUGACAUGGCACUUUGCCGAGGCUGUCAGCAUGGCUGAAACGAUCACUGAAGCCUGCACCGAAGAGGAAAAGCAGCUGUGGGACGCUAUGAAAUCUCUGGAACAUGAUUGCCACGCGGAUGCUAUUGCUUGCCGCCUUCACCUUUCAAUGGCGAUUUCACCCUAUGCAGUAUCGCUCCCGUGGAGCACGGCGGCACAGUUCCUGGAAUACACGAGGAAGCGACAUUUGGUUUCGACCUCUUGCGCUUUGUCACUGAAGCAGGAGCUGGCAGUUCUGAAGUUAGAUGAGGUCCGACACUCCAAGAAGUAUUCCAAGCUGCAGGCAUACCAAUCGACAGUGGAGGCUUUGGCAGCCUGCAAAGAUGGAAAAGUCCACUUGCCAGUUGACUUGGGCCCAUUGGCCGGCGAUUCUGGAUUCGACCUCGUGGUGGACAAGUCCUUCUUGAAGGACUUGAACUUCUUCGAAAAGAUUGCGGCAAGCGCCAAGGGUGUGGCCUACAAUCGACCCAAGGCUGCGACCAUGGUGGGUAUCGAUGGCAUGCGCUUCCUGAAUGAUCUCUUCGGUGGUAUCCGCGGAGGAUGUGCCGAUGUCCCCUUGUUUUUGCUCUACGAACUGUUCACUGGAACCAUAUCCGUGGAGAUGGUGAACAAGGACAACCAGCAGGAUCUCGCAAGCCUGCUGCUCCGCGUGAUCGCAGGGUCCCAGACAGGCGCCGAAUGGUCUGUACUGAGAGCUUUGGAGAGGAAUCCGCAGGUCUGCGGCUGCAUGCCGCAAUGGGGCUCAGACGAGGCGAAGCGCAGCUGGGCGCUUCCAGGUGGGCACCACUUUGACCGCAACUCCGUUUCGACGCUCAUGAAGGCUGCCUCGAACAAGCUGAAAAGCAUGGAGAAGGACUUACGCAUCCCGAACUUUGCCGAAGCUCCGCAGCGCCAGACAUCACUGACAAUCGAAGAUGUCGCAGGCUUCAGCAGCAACAUCCGCUUCCAGUCUCCUCCACUUACGGCUGACGUCAGAUGCUGUUCCAGGGCAUCCAAAAUGACAGCGGAAGUUUCUCCGAAGCAACCACUGGCACGAUUGUCCAAGUACUUGGAGCGCACGGAGGACCGAGAGCGAAAGGCCCCUGGCCUCAAGGCAGUUCGGUCAUCUUUGGAGGUUCUGGCACGGGGCCCUUGUGCACAGACGGACAUUGGUCGCGCAGGAAUUCAGCGAUGUCAGCAAGAGGUGCAGACAGCGCUGUCCGAAGAAGUCGCCGUCAAUCUGAGCAUAGAUCCCUCCAAGCUGGCACUUCUAGAGAAGGAGCUUCGGAAAGUUCGAGACGAGGACCGAAGAGCGUUGUCAGAAACUGUAGACAGCCUGGUGACUGCAGCGAAUGCCGGCAGUGACGUGGACUGGUUGGGAAGGCACUGCGGACACGUUCCUCGACUUGCUUUCUCUGAUCUCCUCCGAGUCCUUAUGGCAGAGGAGCCUCACAGCACGGAUGCACUUCAACGGGCAAAUCCCAUGCUGAAAGAGGGUGACAUGGAGGCCUUGAUGGAAAAGGCUGUAGAUGGUCUCUGUCGUGGUGUGCGGAUCGGCCAGGCUUGCAGAAGCCUCGCCUUGGUGACCAAGCUUUCAGCAGCUGCUGCCACCAAGGACUGCACAGAAGUGGCUGUGCUCCAGGCUCAACUUGGAGCUCAGCUUUGCGCGGAGCGCUUCUUCUGCAAAGCGAGGAGCCAGAUGAUCUGCCUGGACCCUCGUCUUCUCGUUUUUGAGUUCCUGUGCAACAUUAUGCUGCGUGAGGGCCAGGUGAGGCUUUUGGGAACCUUCCUACACCGUGCAGCAGGAGGCCAGUCCCUGUGCCAUCAGAUGAUCAUGGGCGCCGGGAAAACCACUGUGAUAACGCCUCUUCUUGUGCUGCUGCUGGCGAACAGUCAACGGCUGGUUUGCGCUUGCAUGCCUGCUGCUCUACUGGAGAUGUCACGAGCGGUCCUGAUCGAGCGCUUCUCCUCACCAGCCAUGAUGAAAGCCGUGCUCACGUUGCAGUUUGACAGGGUUGGGAGCCCAAGUUCCAGACUCUGA